AUGGCGGCUGCAGAAUCCAAGGCGAUUGAUUUAGCUCAACUUCCGAUUCCUCAAUUAGAACAACUAAAAUCGCAAUUAGAUGAGGAAGUGCAGAUGUUUACAUCAUCAGUCAAUCAGCUACAAUUAGUACAACAAAAGUUUGUAGAAUCAUCGGAAUGUGUCAAGAAGCUUUCAGUUGAUCAAUAUGAAGCCAAGGAAAUUCUAGUUCCAAUGACAGAUUCGCUAUAUGUCCCUGGUGUUCUAAACAACGCUCACAGUUUACUUGUUGAUAUUGGCACGGGAUACUUUGCAGAUAAGAAUAUCAAGGAAGGAAUAGAAUAUUUUGAACGUAAAGUGAAAUUUGUUCAAGAGCAACUUGAAAAACUUCAGAAACUUGUCAUGGAAAAAUUUAAUUUAAGACAAGCUGUAAUAGAACAUAUGCAAAUCAAAAUUGAGCAACAUUUAGCAGCACAAAAGUCGGGCGCGAAGGCGUAA